AUGCGACUCCAACACGUGGUGUGUGGAGCCAGAUCCAUUCCCUUCACCAUAAUCAGUUCCUCCUCACGUCUCACUACGCGGCACAACGGACCCAUGGCUCUCUGUCCUAUUCCCCGGGAUAGAGUUACUCCAGUCGGAGUGUCCGCGGAGGCGCGUUUGGAGCGAGUGGAGGAACAGGAGCGAGUGCGUCACCGGAGAGCGCUGACUCAGGCUCAGGCAGAGUAG